AGGAAAUAUCAGUGCGUGGGGCAGACAGCUUUAGAAUACAAAAGCUUUUUAUUCCUCGAAAUAUUAUAUCGCGAAGGUGAAAGUGAAAGAAGACCUUCCCCUCUGAUCAUUUCGAGAAAAAAAUAGCGGGGAUUUUUGCAAAUUGUCAAACCUCUUCACAUUAUACUCUUUGUUAUUCGGCUCCAGUCACUUCCUCCUUACGUGUUCGUUGAUUCUUCUCUUUUUCGAAUAUUUCGAUGUUUUCGUCUGAUUACGAUUCCUUAUAAAAUAGACCCAAGAAACUUUAACUGACACUAUUGACAAGUUAUCCGCGGGAUUCACUUGUCGCAUGGGUUUCAAGAGAUGUUUGCUUCCACUUUAUUGCAAGACCGAUGUUUUCUCGAUUUCGAAUUAACUUCUGAAUUAACUAAAGAUUUUCCUGCAGUGGAUAUCUCUCUUCACAGUAAAGUUGUUUUAAAUUCUGAGCACGGACCAACCACUACGGAUUAACUUUUUGCUUCCUUUUAUCAUUUUCAAUAUCCCAGACUUUUAAAAUAAGAAAGUUCUUCAAAAAGUCCAAGCGAUUUAUGUCAGACGGACCAACCUCUUGAGCACAAAGGCCUACUUUUGAACGUUUCAGAGGAAGCACAUUUUCAUAUAGGAGGAACGUCAUGGCGGCCGUCACGCAAAUGUUGUCUGGUUGUUUCUUCAUCUUCUGUCUCCAUUCCGUCUUUGCCAGCGAUAAUGGUCAACUUCAUGAAACCAUAUUACGAAAUCGACGGACGACUCAGGGAGCAACCAUACGUGUGGUUGGUGGCAGUAGCCCUACAGAGGGAAGGGUCGAGGUCUUUGUCAAUGGCGCUUGGGGAACUGUCUGUGAUGAUCUUUGGGAUAUCAACGAUGCCAACGUAGCAUGUAGACAACUUGGGUUCGGUCGUGCCAUCUCUGCUCCUGGUAGUGCCAGCUACGGCUCAGGAAGUGGCAGUAUUCUACUCGACAAUCUUGCAUGCACUGGUGCGGAGAGCAAUCUCCUGCAUUGUCCUCACAGCGGAGUUGGAAGCCAUAACUGUGGUCAUAGCGAAGAUGCGGGAGUCGUCUGUAGUAGCGAUCUGUCAUCAGCCAUACGUGUGGUUGGUGGUAGUAGCUCUACAGAGGGAAGGGUCGAGGUCUUUGUCAAUGGCGCUUGGGGAACUGUCUGCGAUGAUCUUUGGGAUAUCAACGAUGCCAACGUAGCAUGUAGACAACUUGGGUUCGGUCGUGCCAUCUCUGCUCCUGGUAGUGCCCGCUACGGCUCAGGAAGUGGCAGUAUUCUACUUGACAAUCUUGCAUGCACUGGUGCGGAGAGCAAUCUCCUGUCUUGUCCUCACAGCGGAGUUGGAAGCCAUAACUGUGGUCAUAGCGAAGAUGCGGGAGUCGUCUGUAGUAGCAGUCUGUCAUCAGCCAUACGUGUGGUUGGUGGUAGUAGACCUACAGAGGGAAGGGUCGAGGUCUUUGUCAAUGGCGCUUGGGGAACUGUCUGCGAUGAUCUUUGGGAUGUCAACGAUGCCAACGUAGCCUGUAGACAACUUGGGUUCGGUCGUGCCAUCUCUGCUCCUGUUGGUGCCCGCUACGGCUCAGGAAGUGGCAGUAUUCUUCUUGACAAUCUUGCAUGCACUGGUGCAGAGAGCAAUCUCCUGUCUUGUCCUCACAGCGGAAUUGGAAGCCACAACUGUGGUCAUGAGGAAGAUGCGGGAGUCGUCUGUAUGCAUAGUAGCGAUCUGUCAUCAGCCAUACGUGUGGUUGGUGGUAGUAGCUCUACAGAGGGAAGGGUCGAGGUCUUUGUCAAUGGCGCUUGGGGAACUGUCUGUGAUGAUCUUUGGGAUAUCAACGAUGCCAAUGUAGUAUGUAGACAACUUGGGUUCGGUCGUGCCAUCUCUGCUCCUGGUAGUGCCAGCUACGGCCAAGGAAGUGGCAGUAUUCUACUUGACAAUCUUGCAUGCACUGGUGCGGAGAGCAAUCUCCUGUAUUGUCCUCACAGCGGAGUUGGAAGCCAUAACUGUGGUCAUAGCGAAGAUGCGGGAGUCGUCUGUAGUAGCAGUCUGUCAUCAGCCAUACGUGUGGUUGGUGGCAGUAGCCCUACAGAGGGAAGGGUCGAGGUCUUUAUCAAUGGCGCUUGGGGAACUGUCUGCGAUGAUCUUUGGGAUAUCAACGAUGCCAACGUAGCAUGUAGACAACUUGGGUUCGGUCGUGCCAUCUCUGCUCCUGGUUUUGCCCGCUACGGCUCAGGAAGUGGCAGUUUUCUUCUUGACAAUCUUGCAUGCACUGGUGCGGAGAGCAAUCUCCUGUCUUGUCCUCACAAUGGAGUUGGAAACCAUAACUGUGGUUAUGGCGAAGAUGCGGGAGUGAGCUGUGCGCCAUCAUAAGGUGGAGUAAUAACACAGUUAUUUAGCAUGAAGUAAUACAGUGUAACACCCGUCAUGAGAGACUAAUGAGUGAUCUUUUCAGGCAGGUGGUCUUUAUGUACAUGUUCCGAUUUUAGCAGGGUCAAAUGAGAAAUGUGGUCCUUUUAUACAGAUGCUCGCUAAAGCAUAUUUGAUUGUAUAACUUCUUACAGCAGAUGACUGGGUCUGAAUCUGAGAUUCAUUCAAUAAUAAUAAUGUUACCUUCCAUAUUUGAUAAUAUGUUCAAAAUAACAAAGGAUGUUCAUUCACAUAACAUAAGACAUUUUAAUGAUUUAUAUAUUCCAUUGUUAAAAUACAAUACUUGGAAUGCAUACCCAUCAAUAUAAAAAUGUGCCCAUCUCUUGCCUCAUUUAAACGAAAUAUAAACGUCAUCUAGAGAAGGAAUUUCUAUCUUAAUUAUGUUUUAUUAGCCUGUACACAUUUGUUUAUGUACUACCCACUCUUUCUUUUCUCUUUACUUUGUAUACGUAUCUGCGGCCAUUGGAGCCCAGCCUUUGAAAGGCCAAUGGCCUCUGCUGGCUCCUCCAUAUUCUUUGUAUGGUUUAUAUUUGUUUCCUAUAUGUACAAUAUAUUGUUGAUUGUAUUUUUUACGAGAAUUGGCAAUAAAAUGAAUGUAUGAAUGAAUGAAAGUAUCAUCCCUUAUUAGGUGAAUUCUGGAAAAGAUUGACAUUUGUAUUUUUUAAGAUGAAAAUUAUUUCUGAGCUUUUUUGCAAAAUCUUGUCACUAUAUUUUUGCUUUUUAGAAAUAGGUUCUAUUGUAAGUCCAAAUGAUUUACUAUGUUAUUGAUCUUAAAGGAAGAGUGUGGAUAUUGGCUAAUCAAUCAACUCAUCUGAGAAGCAAGUUAAUCACAUCGUUAUGUAAAAAAGGAAUAAAUGUAAAGCUUUGAUCUGUGGAGAUAAGUUUCUAUCUUUGUGAAUAAAAAUAAAGCUAUUUUCCCACAGAUAAAGACAGUCUUGAUUUUGAAUGUAUUACAUUAUUCAAUGUAAUUUUGUAUCUUUUUUAAAUUACUUAAAAAGUCAUUAAAUCUAUAUAUGUGUGAUGACGCACAUAAAAUCAUA